AGGUUGCGCUCACUGCCUUCGAGAACGAACUCGGUGUGCAGGCGCCAGUUGGGUUCUGGGACCCUGUAGGUUUCACUGCCGAUGGUGACGUGGCUGCUUUCAAGCGCCGCCGAUCUGUGGAAUUGAAGCACGGACGAAUCUCCAUGAUGGCGACCAUGGGAUACAUCACCCCUGAGGUCACUGGCAAGCUGCCUGGUUUCUUGUCUCCAUCUGCCGGCCUGAAGUUCGCCGACAUCCCCAAUGGACUUGCAGCAGUUUCCAAGGUACCAGUGGCUGGAUGGGCCCAGAUCGCUGCGUACUUCGGCUUUGUCGAGUUCAGCGGUGGCUUCGAUGACUACAAGACCGGCACCCCUGGUGACUACGGUUUCAAGGUGUUGACUUCUUCUGAUCCUGAAGAGAAGACCAAGAAGUUGUCAGCAGAGCUCGCCAACGGCAGGUUGGCCAUGAUGGCUAUCAUCGGCAUGUUCUUCCAGGACUGACAAGCAACAGCCAAGGCCAAGAAUGACUGCGUGUACUUGUACGAAACCAU